UCAAAUUGCUGGGCAGACAGUUUAGCAAAAUUCAAAGAAAUCUGAAAAAGCAAAUACCUGAUGUCCGAAACUCGUUUUAUUCCGUUUAAAUCUGUGAAAUUUGUAUUCGGUUAAGGAGUUUGCCCUUUCUCAACUCACAUUUGGGACUACUACAACUACAAUUCAUACGAGCAACUGUGCAUUUGAUGCAUAUCCCAUUAAUAAAAUGUCUCUAUAAAAUGGAGUGCGAUAAUGUGCCAAAAUCUUGAAUAAUACAAAAUUCAAAAUUGAAUUUUCAAUUUGGAUAGCUGUGUCAGUUUGCAUAUUGGUGAAAAUAGUUUCAAAACGAUGUUCGGCCAUAAUAAGAGAAAAUGUAUCUACAUAAAAUUACCAUACUUAUAUACAUCUAAAUUGCGUUUAAAGCAUCAGCCAUAAAUCAACUCAGCAAUACAAACACACAACAAGGGGAUACUUGCGAACCCACUCACUCGGCGACAAGAGAACUGUCUGUAUUAUAAUACCAUCAAAACAAUUCAAUUCAAUUCAGUCAAAUUGGAGCAUUUGUGGAUGUGCCUACCUACUAUGAAAAUAAAAACAAAAACAAGAGAGAAACCAGUUAAGCGUGUGAUAAUCGGUGGAAUUUUGGACCAGGCUGAAUAUGAAAUGCAAUUAAAAUACAUAAAUUGUUUAAUUUUGAUAGAGAUACUCGCAUGUGUACAUACACAUAUCAAGUGUGCAUAUUCUCUUAUUCAAAUCCGCAACAGGCAGGCAACAGGGUUAUAGUUGUUAUGGUUAGUGCGCCUGUCUGUUGCCUCAAUAACGAGAGCCAGAGUCUGAGAACGACGUUGCUUUGCCGUCAGUGGCAACCGACUGCGCCAUACCCUGUUGACAAUGUGAAAAUGUGAAAACAGAGCUGACAACAGUCAAGAAGAGAAUCUCUUUAAAUAUGGGGCUAGUGGUUCCUAAACAGAUUUGCAGAAUGAAGCCUGUCAUUAAUCCGACCACCAUCCGACACAAACUAGGUUGCGAAUACACGAGUACACUAAAACUGAUAGACUCUUUUUACCUUGUGAACAGUAUGUAGUAAAAGCUAAUGUUUCUGUGCUGUGCCGUGAGAGAGCUUUAUUUAACAAAAAAAAAAAAAAAAAAAAAAAAAAAAAAAAAAAAAAAAAAACUCCACACGAGAAGAAUAUAGAUUUACUAACUACUCACUCAAGGAAAUUACUUCAGUAAAUCUCAAUUGUGGCAGAGGGUGGUAUAGGUCAAGAAUAAAAUAUCAUCAUAGCAGGUCAAAGUGCAAUCUAUACAAAUACUGAAUACUGUUAUUGUCCAAAUUUGGCUCUCCCAUAGAUUUAUUUUUAUUUGUUGUGCAAGAACACGAAAAAAAAAUAGAAUAUGGUAUGCACAUCGACAAUACUCACAAGCAGAUACCCUGUAUUUGUGUGUCGAGCUGUGAACGGGUGAGCUGGAAUAUAUUGUAACAUUUUACUGAGCUACAUACAGUAUAGUUUUCACAAAAUUUCCAUUUUUAGGGCACCGAAUGUUUAAUGGUAUUAGAAUACGGCAAAUCGCAUACUAGUUUUACAAGUUUAGUUUUGUGAACUCAAAAACGUAUAACACUUUGAUAUUGUGUAAAACAUCCGUUGCGGAUUCUCUUUUAAUCGAAAUAAGAACAUUAAGUAUAUUUGAAAUAGAGUGAAGUAUCUAACAAAAUUUAAAUGUUUCGACCAGGGGUGGAGUUAUUAAACUGUGAAGGGAAUGUUAACGUAUUUAAAAUCAUUUAACGGCAUCGACAGCACCGCGAGAAAGGCUAUGACCUCCGGAUAAUUCGAAUACCUGCAUUGCUAUGGAUACUAAAAUUGCCAAGAAUACCAAGAGCAACAGCAAAAGUAGCAGAUUAGAUGACACUCCAGAAGCGCUAUCCCCUGGAAGAGAGUCAAAUAGCUAUAGACAAAUGCACCUAAAUGGAAAUGAAAGCGCCGAAGAGAAUAAGGAGCCAAAGGACUUUUCUAUUCCCGUUGGCAAUAUAAUGGAAACGAUCUCGCAAUCGUCAUCAUCAUCAUCAUCGAUAACAACAACAGCCCCGAAUGCACAAUUCUUUGAUCAUCUACAGACCACGAGUGAGGCAGUUACCAAGGCCAACUCGGAUAUGAUGGAGCACAUAUUUAAUACACCCACAAGCAAUGCGGUGGUGCCGACUACAACAUCCACAUUAAUGUCGGAAAUUCUACUGCGGCAGCAGCACGACAUGUUCCAGCACUGGCCAAAGCUGGAGGAUCCUCAGCGCAAAUGGAAUCGGGAGCAAUUGGAUACAAGCUGUAAUCGUGAUGCCUUACUGGCUCGCAUAUACAGCAAUAAUGUGUUCUCCCAGCACAAGAGCACACAACGCCAGCAACAGCAGCAACAGCAGCAGCAGCAGCAGAGACAGUUUCUGGCAACACAAAUGCUUUAUGCACAGUUUCUACAUCAGCCCCAUUUGUCAUUGGAGGUCGAUCAGGAGCGAGAUCGUAGGCUACACAUAUUGGAGUUUUCUGGUUUGCGAAAAUCUUCCGUUAACAAUGAGCCAAAAGCAACACCAUCAUUGUCAACAUCAUCACUAUCAAUCGGCUUAUCACACGAUAACAACAACAAUAAUCGAACACAAAGCGAUAUCGAACAGACUGUUCGAUAUGAUCACGACCACAUCCGGAGAGAUGGAUCAGAUGCACACAACCUGAACUCGAACUCGAACUCGAACUCAUCGACUAAAGACAGAUGCAAGUUAAGCAAACGCACAAUAGGUCAAUGCGCUUCAAGCUCGAAAGGUUACUUUUUGCGCGAACAGAAGAACGUAUUGUUUGAUAUAAAGAAGGGCCUAGAGCAAUUGACAUUACUUUGCAGUCAAUUUCAGGAUAGUCUAAGUGUGUCAGUUGGAAGGACAGACAGACCUGAUGAUGACAACACAAACACCUCGACCUCGACCCUUGAAGUUACCGUACAACGCGAAUUGGAAAACAAUCGAAUGAAAAUCGAAGGCAUGCUGGUCCAAGUGAGAAGUCUUUAUCGUCAGUGGAGCAGUGCUGAACUCUAUUAUCUACGGAGCUUGCAGAGACUAGGCCUUACUCCUGACAGCAAGACCGAUUGUCCCACUCAUGAUGUUAUGGCCCUUGCUGCGAUUGCCUUGUCUGCCGAAUGCGAUUCAGGGUCAAGAAACAAAACUGAUGCCGCCGAAGUUAGCCCAAAAAACUGCUAUAGACAAGAGAACAAUUGCUCAAGUAAACCAGAAGUACAUUCAUCACCAGAGAAACUGCGUACACUGCAAGAUAUCGAAAAUAUUAUCCUGCAGCAAGCAGCAGCCGCUGCUGCUGGUCAACAGAAACAAUCUGGCUCAGGUUACGUGAAUGGCCAGAGCGAAAGUGCAGGGAGCAGUGAUAGCGACGAAGAAGAAGAGUCAUCAUCACCCGCAUGUAUUUGGCAUCCAAAGAACAACGUUCAUCCAGCCGAUGACGGUGAGACCUGCAGCACUGCCGCCGAAAUUCUUUUGGAAUAUACUUCAUUAUCGUCGGUGCAUGCGAAAAUGAAUGCAUUGAUGGGCAGUGGCAACAGCUUGCCUCUGCCUGGCCCUGGUUCAAGUACUAACAAAAUCGCUGAGAACUGUUCAGUCUUGAAUCUAUCGCCAGGCACACAGAGAGCACCGCUUAAUCGAGAGUCGGCCACUUCGGAUCCCGUGUACUUGGCCGACAUUCCGUUCCCUCCAACGCCAGCCACACCACCAACAAGUAGCAACAGCAGCUGUUCGACAGUUACGGGCACGCUUGGCAACACCAGUUAUUCUUUGAGCACGAGUAAAUAUAACCACCGGCGAAAAUCGAGAUAUGCGCGACGCAUCGAAACUCCCACAUCCUCAUCAUCGGCCAGCACCUGCCAGCCGGAGUACUCGGCCAAGGAACUCAACGGGGACGCAUACAAGGUUGUCGCUAUCGCCAGUAUGCCAAUGUGCCCAUCCUCGGUAUCAUCGACAAACGUGUCAGCCUCCGCCUCCGCCUCAGUCGCAGCAGCCACCAUUCAAGAUUCACCCUCAGCCGUUGCGGCGGUUGCCGCACUCCAGGAACGUGCCAUUACGGACAUGUUCAAGGCCCAGUUUAGCGCUUUGACAGUGGCUGCAGGAAUUACAACUGGAUGUGGAAGCGAAUCAGGAGUUGGAGCUGGAUCUGACACUCCCUACGAUUUAAGCAUUGGAACCAGGCUAAAAAAAAUAAACUUGGAUACCAAAAGCUCAUCGAAUUCGCAAGCAAACGACUGUAAAGAUAGUUCAAAUGAUAAAAAGAAGCCACAUAUCAAGAAACCUCUGAAUGCAUUUAUGCUGUACAUGAAAGAGAUGAGAGCCAAAGUUGUAGCUGAAUGCACCUUGAAAGAGUCAGCGGCGAUUAAUCAAAUACUGGGGCGACGGUGGCACGAACUUUCCCGCGAAGAACAAAGCAAAUAUUACGAAAAAGCGCGACAAGAGCGCCAAUUGCAUAUGGAGUUGUAUCCGGGGUGGAGCGCACGAGAUAACUACGGUUACGUGUCAAAAAAGAAAAAGCGUAAAAAAGACAGAUCGACAGCGGAUUCGGGAGGUAACAACAUGAAAAAGUGUCGAGCGCGAUUUGGACUGGACCAGCAGAAUCAAUGGUGCAAGCCCUGCAGACGCAAAAAGAAAUGCAUUCGCUACAUGGAGGCAUUGCAUGGAAACGGCGCGCUGGCGAACGGUAGCGGCAUGGAUGAUGCCGGCAAUAUGAGCCAGUUGAGUGAUGAUGACGACGAUGACGAGGAACUGGGUGGUGCCAGCUGUGGCAGCGGGGAUGAGACCGAGACAAAUAAAAUGGCCGACAACGACGACACAGAGUCAAUGAGUCAGUCGCUGUCGAGCCCCGGCUGUCUGAGCGGACUGUCCAGUGUACAAAGUCCCUCGACAACAACGAGCCUGGCCAGUCCACUCAAUAUGAACAUGCUAACUAGUCCAGCAACGCCCGCUAUGCCCCCUGCAACCAGCAAUAUAGGCCCUCUCCCUGUUAAUAACAGCACUGAGCAGGCAACGUCGAGCAGUCAAUCACGAUCAGCGCCUGGGUCUGCGACUGGGUCCAGCAGCGGAUCAACAUGUAGCAUUAGUAACACACCGAAUACCUCUAGCACAGCGUCGCCAGUGACGUCUGCGACCGGAACAGCGCCGACCUCUGCCAGUGAGCGCGCCAUGAUGCUUGGCUCCCGCUUUAGCCAUUUGGGCAUGGGCCUUUCUCUACCCGUGUGUGGCAGUAAUCCAGAGCAACUAUUCCAAUCGCACACCCACCUGGCUGCUGUAAGCAUCGCUGGCAGCAGCGGCAGCGGUAGCGGUAGCAGCAGCAGCAGCACUCCAACAUCUUUGGCAACAAAUGGCUUCAACAGUUAUACGGGCUCUGUAACAGCGGGUGGUAGCAUUAAUACAAUAGUACCAAAUGCUGCAGCAUCUGCAUCGGCGCCGGCGCUGGCUUCUGGACCAGCAACAAGUUUACAUCGCAAUCCGAUUGGCGCCAACCCACGCGACAUCAACAAUCCGUUGAGUAUCAAUCAGUUGACCAAGCGGCGAGAGGAUAAUAAAAUUGUGAUACUCGGCGGCUGUGACUCGCAAUCAGCUUCAGCUAUUUUACGCCAUAAUGCGGCCCAUAAUCCAUAUACGCACACGCACACGCACACUCACCCGCAUCCGCAUCCGCAUCAUGCGCUCUUCAGCAGCAGCUUUAGUCAACACUUCCAGCAACAGUUGAACAACCAUUUGGCAGCCACAAGCAGCAGCGGCAGCAGCAUCGGGUCAGUCGUGCAACCGAUUGACACGCCCGCCAUUAAUAGUAUGAAACGCCGCAAUACAUCCGAUCCGCCAGCAGCGACCGGAAAUACCGCAACUCCCAACGCAACCGAAACUGGAGCCAUAAGUGUUUCGUAGCAGUCUGGCAAUCCGGUAUAUGCGAAUAAAGUAACAAUCAGUAGAGCCUGGUCCCGCCCUGAUGUCCAUGCUUUAGUCAUUAAGAUAUGGAGCAGCCAACCAGCUGAUAAAGCUAAAGCUAAAGUUGGUACAACGUGCAAUAAGAACCAUCUCUAUCGCCAUUUAGCCCUCAUUACCAUCGCCAUAGUUUUAACAAGAAACAUGUGGCCAUUAUUGGAUUAGUGCCAAAAGUACUCACUUUAUAUAUACAUACAUAUAUAACAUACUUAUCAACAAACAAUUAUCUGACAGCAUUGGAAUUUAACGUAUACAGUUCAUAGUUCGAGUGUGCCACGAGAUCUGGUGAUUGGUGAAAUGUCAUGUUAAGACAACCCCACACAGUUUAGUUGAACUAUCGUAGCUAUCAAAAUAUACAUACAUAUUGAGUGUAAAUGUGCAUGCAUACAUAAUACACACAUACAUACAAGCAUAAAUAUAUUUCGGAUAAUCUAUUAGAAAGUAGAGACCAAUUGCAAGCUAAACUUGUAGGUUUUAGCGCAAGUAAGAGUACUGUGGCUGAUUCCCCGACUUGGGGAGCUAUCCAGCAUCUCUAUAGAAAAAAGUGUUUUCCCUGACCGUAAGAGCUAAAGAGCUAGAGAGCAUUUAACUAACAUAAUGGAAAUGUACGUUCUGGUGAAUUCCACCCACAAGUUUGAAAAACCCGUGGAACCAUGAAACUUUUUCAUUUGCCCUUCGAACGGACAAUAAACCCAUUUUUAAAGAUCUUUGUUCAAAUUCAUUUGAGAGGUGUUUCCCACACCUUUUGAAAAAUCCAUCUCUCCUUGUUGGAAUCGGGAGUCAAAGGUAUAGCCAUUUUAACGCAGCUUAAUGUUAUGCAAAUCUUACCUUUAUUUAAAUGAUUCAAAAGGCAGAAGUAUAAAAUACGUAGUUUUUGGCAAAUCGGCAUAUAAGGACUUACAUUUCCAUACGAUUUUACCAAUAAAAAAAAUAAGCUAAAAAAUAAUACUUUUGUGUAGUUACUCAUUUCCUAAUUUUUAAAACAACUGACAUUUUGAUUUCUAUGAAUAACUACGUAGUCAAUCCUUAUGCAUCCUUGAUAUUCACAAUGCUAGAUAACAAAUAUUAAAUAUAAAAUAGAGAAAAGAUAAUGAUACGAACAUAGGGUUGAUCUUUCUAAAUGAGGGGUAUCAAAGUUUGUUUUCAAUAAAAUUUCGUAUAAAGCACAGUAUUAUUUAAUGAUAGUUAAAGAAUAUAAUCUAUUCAUGUAUGUAUGUAUGUAUAUCUGACAGUGUGUAUGUGUGUACAAAGAAGCAACUUAAGACAAAACGUACGAAUUUAUUAAAAAUUGGACCUGAUAGCUAUACUGUAUGUAUGUAUAUGUAUAUAUAUGCAUAGUGUAUAGUAAUCUUCUUACGUACAUAUAUGACUAUAUACUGCAUACUAUGUCUACUAUAUUUAUAAAAUUUAAUGGGCAGAAAUAUUAUUCUUCGAUUCUUUUACAAAACAAGUUCUCGUUUGGUAAUUUAAAAAUAUAAAAACAGCAUUUAAUAUGAUUAUUAAAAUAGCCAAGAAUAAAUGAAGAUGUGAGUAACUGACACUUGCUAACAACAACAAAAAUGUACCUCGAAAAAAGUGUUGUUAACCAACUUGUUCCCGCCAAGAAAGUCAAAAGUAUUCAACACAGAUUAUCCCAGAAAGCAUAACUACGAUCAGAUUUUAAUUGUUUGGCCCACAUGUGGUAAAAGUUAAGAUAUGCGAGAACACUUAAGUUGAUCGGGGUACACGUGAAGGUUAAGAAACUUGUAAGCUAGUGUUAUUAGCCCAUUUCAAUAGAAUUUACAAAUGGUUGAAAAAUAUUUUUUAUUUGAUUUAUAGGGUAAUCAUCAUUAAUCGGCAUUAUGCAGCCGAGAUUUCAUAUUUGUCUUAUAUAUGUAAUACGCCUGUAUGUAUGUUCGUGCUCAGAUAGAGAUAUUUGGGUGGUUAAGAAUCGGUAUGAUAACAAUAUCCAGAUAUUAAAUUAAUAGUUAUCAAUAUCAGGUUAACUUGAAUAUUGCUUUAUAUAAAUGAUAUGUGCGAAAUAUGAGCAUAAACCUUCAUACACAGUUAAAUCAGUAUGUAAAUAUACAUAUUCAACAUGUAUGUGUACAUACAGUGUUGAUUUAAAUAUAUAGUAUGGAGGACGUCAAGCCAAACAUUUAGUACAGAAGUAUAAAUACUAAUGUGAAUUAAAUUAAUGCGAUAUUAAGCAAAUGUGUAUGUAAAUAUAUAUAUAUGUAUAUGUAAGCAUAACAAUGUGUGUUAAGCCAUUGCCAAUUAUAAAAAGACUGUUAAUACAUAUUUAAAUUAAUUACAUAUGUACAUAGAAUACAUACGUGCGCAUGCAUACAUAUAUAUGCACUUAUGUGUGCAAAAAUGCAUAUGUAUGUGCAUAUGUAAGCACACGUGUUUUAAGUCAAUACGAGUAUAUAUGUACAUACUUGGCACGAAUUACUUACAUACAUGCAACACUAUGUACAUAGGCAGACACACAAAAGGAACCUAACAUAUUUAUGUAAAUAUGUGUAAAUGUAAUUAUUAACUGGCAAACAUUAUGAUGUACACACAGGUCACAGGUAAUAAAAAGUAUACGCAGUCGAAAGGAUCGCAAUCACGCAGACCUUGAAAAACAUUGAAAAAUGGUUUAAGGUAUAGUUCUAUGUACACACAUAUCUAUAAAUGUAUGUAUUUAUAUAUAUAUAUAUUUGCAAAGUGAACGCUAGCUUUAGUAAUUAUUCUAAUCAAAAGCAAAACAUAAACAAAAAUCAAUAUUAUAUUUAACUACGUUAACUAUGCUUCCAGUUUUCUGUGUUUUUAUUUAAAUGUUUACCUAGUAAAUAGUGCAUAUGAAACCGUUUUGCAAUAUUUACAGUUUAAUUUAUUGACUUUUACUUCUUAACGUUAACAUUAAUUUGCACUCCAACACGUGCGUGCAUUUCUUAUUUGGCGUUUCCGCAUUAUUAAGUUAUUAUUUAAAUGCUAAUUUACAUUCAACACAAUUUUUAAAUAAUAUAAUAUUAUUAUAAGCCCACGCUCAAUCCACAAAUGCCUUUACAUUUCAAUGUGCAACGAUGUACAUACAUACAACUCACUAACCUGUAUGUGCAUAGGCGUAUAUACUGUGUAUCUCUGGAGAACAGACACUUUGAACAAAUAUGUUGUGAGUACUAGCAAAUCAAAGCCUGCUAACCGUGAAUGUAUGUUGGAAUGGCCCCCACAUGUAUACUCACAUACCUUUGUAUAUUCUCUUCUCUGUACAACAGUUUCUUCGUUUACCUAUAAGUGCAAAAUUUUCAAAAGUUGCAUGUAUUACAAUAUACAUAUACAUAUUCGUAUGUAACUUCACACAUCAGAAAUUGAUGGUAUUCUGUGCAAUUUUGAUUUGAAGCCAAUGUGCUUCCUUAAACUUGGAUUACCUACUGUACGCAUUUUAUUUGUCGACAAAUACCAUAUUCUUUUGCUAUUAGCUCUCGAGCCACCCAGUACUCAAAUACAGAUUAACGAAUGACAUUCAAUAUGUAUAUCAAUAAAUUCUCUAAAAGACAACAUUCAUUAUAUCAGGACAAUGUGUAUCUCUGUUGAAAUUAUUAAAAAUGAAAACAGAUAAAGAAGUAGAAUUACACAUUUAUGUAUGAAUAAAACUCAGCGUUAUUAGCAGCAUUAUAUACAAAAAAGAACAAAUUCAUUUAAAUUUACAUUUAUGCAUUGCUGGAUGAGACACUUGUUAGUAGGCUGCUUUGAUUUGUUUGUAUGUAC